CUUGACAAUUUUAAAAUAAAGAAACAAUCAAUAUGUUAAAGUGUAACAAUUAAUUAAAAAAUCACCGUCGUACUAAUGCUUUCAACAAAAUUAUUAACGUUUUUAAAUGGAAAAUGUCGCCCUUUGCUCUAUAACAGUUCAAACAAUUUCGCAACAGAUCAGUCCAGUAUAGAACCUACGGUUACGAUUCUAAAUGCCUGCACGAACAUCGGCAGACAUCUGGCUUUGAUCCUGAAGCAAAGCCCGCACAUUGAAGAACUUAGGCUGUAUGAUAAGCAAAGUAUCGUGUGCGCUAUAGGAGAGGAUUUAAGUCAUAUUGAUACCAAAACUCAAGUUAAAUCAUUUGGAGGACCUCGAGUUAUGAAAGAUGCCAUCACUGAUGCAGACAUAGUUGUGUCAGUAGGAGGUAGUAAAUCAGCUCCCAGUGAAACUGCACAAAUAUUAUUUGAGAACAAUUGCAAUGAUGUAAGAAUAGCCGCGCUACAUAUGAUUGAAUACAACCCAAAGGGUUUGUUUUGCAUCGCUAGACCUCCGGUAGAAGCGUUGGUACCACUUGUAUCCGAGGAAUAUAAAAAAGCGGGAGUGUACGAUGCCAGGAAAAUUUUCGGAGUGACAUCUACUGCUACGAUGACCGUCAACAGCAUUGUAGCAAAGUUGGCCAAAGAAAAACCUUUGGAAGUGCUGUGUCCGAUUGUUGGGGGCCUUAGCGGGGAGUGUCUUGUAGGAGUUUUGUCCCAAACUAGACCAAAAGGAUUGCCACUGCAACCCAUCGAAACUCAAAAGCUGAUUUGUCGCGCCGAAGAUGACGUAAUAAAUAUAUACGAAGACACUGGUUCAAUUUGUUUGGCUCCCGCUCUAGGCAUCUCGAGGUUUAUCAACUCGCUACUAAGAGCUGUAAAAGGAGAGACAGAUUGCGUGGAAUGCAGUUUCAUACGUCAGACCGGGCAUAUUGGGAAUUUCUUGCCGUACAUGACUUCCAUCAUACGUUUAGGCCGUCAUGGAGUGUUAUCAAGCCAUAUGCCGAAGAUUACAGUUGAAGAAGGCGAACGACUUCAAAAAGCAGCAGUUAGGAUAAAAGAAUUCAUACAUUUAGGAGAAAAAACUGCUAAUGAUGUACCAAUAAAGAAAACACUACAAUUUGAACCAAAACGUGCAUAAAGCUGUAUUCCAGUAUACUCAGUCUUUAAAUAUGGCGACAGAUAGUCAAAGUGUCAAUAUAUGUUUCCUUAUAACAAUCUUGUUCAACUAAUAAUAAAAUUCAAGUAAUUUUUUCAAACCAGUUUGAUAGAAUCUGUUUGGUUUAUUGGACUACAAAAACUUGGAUGCGCGAUUCGCCAAGGAAAAGUAUUUUAGUGUCUACUACAGUCUUAAUUAAAAAAAGCAUUUCUGGCUAAACAAAAAUUAUACAAAUAAUUUUCGAAGGAUUUGUAACAAAAAUUAGUUAUUUAGUUAUUUAUAAAAAAAAACAUUUAUAAAAAUAAUAAGCUCUAUAUUUGAAAAUUACGCAUCACAACUUGAAUACUUAAUUAUAUUAUAUAAAAAACGCAGAUUCGAAACUACAAUCUUUAACAUAGUAAACUAUUUACAAUUUAAUAGCUUCAGCCAAUGAACAUGACAAUCCAGUACCAUCAGGUUCGACUUGAAGGGAAGUGAUUUUACCAUCUUCAAUUACCAUAGAGUACCUCUUGCUCCUAACACCACCUACAGAAAAAUUACGACAUUAAAAAACAUCUUUUUGUAACUGUUUAUAUAGGCCAAACUGCAAUUCUUGCCCAAUUCAGAAUUAAUAAAUAUAAUUUAUGUGCCUUCAAUAUUUAUAAUACCUAGUGGACCGAUUUCUACUGACAAAUCCAAUGCUUUAGCCAAUGUUGCUAAUGGAUCGGCAAGCAUGCGUACUUUUCCACUGGUUUUUUGGUCUUUGCCCCAAGCGGCCAUUACGAAUGGGUCAUUGACUGAUACACAGACGAUUUCAUUCACUCCUUGUUGCUUUAAUUCGUCAGCUUUGCUUACGUAUCCUGGUAAAUGCGUCU